GCGCACAUGCGCGCAGCGUGGGAAGUCGGUUUCGUUGCUGGGGAUCUGGCACAGGAGGCGGGGCGGCGGCGGCGGCCGAAGUUGUGGUGCUCGGCUCUGCCUUCCUCCCUGGGCGGCUGCGCGCGGGGUGAAUUGGGAGGGCUGUGUCUCGCUGCCUGUCUCCGGCCCGCGUCUGUUAUUCUGAGGGGCCUCAAGUGAAGAAGCGGAGCUGCCGGGCGCGCGCCUCCUCCCUCUCCCGAUUUAGGCUGAGCCCCGUCCGGUGCUGCUUUCAGUAGGAACGCGAAGGCUUAGGAUGCUAAUCACUGUUACCUGACUUCAGUAGAAAAGAAUCUGAGAAGACAGAGGAAUGGCUGGUUGCGAUUUCAUGAUUUAAGUUUUUUCUUUGCACAAGUUGCAGGCUAGCUGGCAGAGCUGUUGCUAUGGAAACAAACAGUCAGCUCCUGAGAGUGCCAAUGGAAUGCUAAUCUGGUAUAAAUGAGGAGUUCCAGCUGCUGCCCAAAGAUUUUCUUGUUGGAAAUUUAUUUUCAUCUUGAUCUGGUGACGCAUAUGAAGAAUUGGUUCAUGCUAUAAUGGAUUUUAAGUGGUACCUUCAAGAAAAUAGGCCUUAUAAUAGAGUUUAUGUCUGACAAGUGGUACGAUUUACUGCAUACAACAAUGACAACCUCUCAUAUGAAUGGGCAUAUAACAGAAGAUUCUGACAGUGAAACAAAAAAUGUGGAUCUUGUACCGCUUGAGGAGCCUCAGAGGCACAGAGAGAUGGCUGUUGAUUGCCCUGGUGAUCUGGGAACCAGGAUGAUGCCACUGCGGAGGAGUGCUCAACUUGAGCGAAUUAGGCAACAACAAGAGGACCUAAGGCGAAGGCGGGAAGAAGAUGGAAAGAAACAGGAACUGGACCUUAAUUCUUCUAUGCGGUUGAAGAAGCUAGCUCAAAUUCCUCCCAAAACUGGAAUAGACAACCCUAUGUUUGACACAGGCGAAGGAGUUAUUCUAGAGAGCCCACAUUGUGCUGUAAAAAUCCUAGAAGUUGAGGAGCUUCUAUCAUCUCUGAAACAUGUUCAGCACACCCUGGUAGAUCCCCAAAGCCAAGAGGAAAUAGCUCUAAUUUUACAGCUGGUUCAAAACUCCGACUUUCAAAAUGCAUUUAAAAUACAUAAUGCGGUUACCGUGCAUAUGAACAAAACCAGUCCACCAUACCCACUUAUCUCCAAUGCGCAAGAGCUUGCACAAGAGGUACAGAGUGUUUUGAAGCCAAGCCAUCAGAAAGAUGGAUUGGAACUUAAUUCUUUAUUGAAUGCCCCUCAUAUUCAGGCACUGCUGUUGGCUCAUGAUAAAGUUGCUGAGCAGGAAAUGCAACCAGAGCCAGUGACGGAUGAAAAGAUUUAUGAGAAUGUAGGUCUGUAUGGAGGAGAGACAGUUAAAAUAGUUCGCAUUGAAAAGGCUAGAGAUAUUCCAUUGGGCGCUACAGUACGCAAUGAAAUGGAUUCAGUCAUCAUUAGUCGAAUAGUGAAGGGAGGUGCUGCAGAGAAGAGUGGGCUGUUGCAUGAAGGUGAUGAAGUUCUGGAAAUUAACGGAAUUGAAAUUCGUGGAAAGGAUGUUAAUGAGGUUUUUGAUUUACUGGCGGACAUGCACGGCACGCUGACAUUUGUCCUGAUUCCCAGUCAGCAGAGUAAGCCACCACCCACAAAAGAGACAGUGAUCCAUGUGAAAGCUCACUUUGACUAUGAUCCAUCUGAUGACCCCUAUGUCCCAUGCAGAGAGCUAGGCUUAUCCUUUCAAAAAGGAGAUAUACUCCAUGUGAUCAGCCAAGAAGAUCCAAACUGGUGGCAGGCUUAUCGAGAUGGAGAUGAAGAAAAUCAGCCUUUGGCAGGCCUCAUUCCAGGGAAAAGUUUUCAGCAACAAAGAGAAGCUAUGAAGCAAACUAUAGAGGAAGACAAAGAACCAGAAAAAUCAGGGAAACUUUGGUGUGCGAAGAAAAAUAAAAAGAAAAGGAAAAAGGUUCUGUAUAAUGCCAAUAAAAAUGACGGUAAGAAGGGAUUUCAGCUAUCUUCCAGUAUUUUUUCUGAUUAUGACAACGAGGAGAUCUUGACUUAUGAGGAAAUGUCACUUUAUCACCAACCAGCGAAUAGGAAACGACCCAUUGUCCUGAUCGGUCCACAAAACUGUGGCCAGAAUGAACUUCGGCAAAGGUUAAUGAAUCAUGAAGCUGACAGAUUUGCUUCUGCAGUUCCUCAUACAACACGAAAUAGGAGAGACAAUGAAGUGGCUGGCAGAGAUUACCAUUUUGUAUCACGGCAAGUAUUUGAGGCCGACAUAGCAGCAGGGAAGUUUAUUGAGCAUGGUGAAUUUGAGAAGAAUCUGUAUGGUACCAGCAUAGACUCUGUCCGGCAAGUGAUCAAUUCUGGAAAGAUAUGUCUUUUAAAUAUCCAUACACAGUCACUGAAGAGCCUUCGCAAUUCAGACUUGAAGCCAUAUAUUAUCUUCAUUGCACCACCUUCACAAGAGCGGCUUCGUGCAUUACUGGCCAAAGAGGGCAAAAAUCCAAAGCCUGAUGAACUUCGAGAAAUUAUAGAGAAAACCAGAGAGAUGGAGCAAAAUAAUGGCCAUUACUUUGAUACAGCUAUUGUGAAUUCUGAUAUUGACAAAGCAUACCAAGAAUUACUUCGUUUAAUUAACAAACUUGAUACAGAACCUCAAUGGGUUCCAUCCUCCUGGCUACGGUGAAACAGUUACAAGGAAGAAAAGGACCUUGCCAUAGAAUGCUCACCUGUAUAUUAGAUGAUGGAUUAACCUCUAGUCCUCUGUGUGCACAGAUUAACUGUGUGCUUUAAAAAAAUAAUACUCAUAGUCUGACACCAUUCUACUGUGAUUUUGAAUGUCUCAUCUUUCACUACCUUUUUACCAGACAUUGACAUUUUGAACAAGCCACUACAUUUUUAAUCAUUUGAAAACACUUUCAAGCGGCUGCUUUAAAUUUACCUUUUCUGACUAGAGUUUUUUUCUCAAGGUAAAUAUAUGUAUACAGUCCCUGAUCACUAUAAAAACUGAUUGUUAUUUAACGUUUUUAAGUUAAUUAUGCUGCGGACAUGAUGGUAGUUUGCAAAAACACCUUUACAGAAUAUUGGAUAAAGAAAUAUAACUACAAGGGGAAUGAAGGAAUUAAUCUACAAGUACUCUCAAAUGUAUAAAGGGGCUACUUUGAUUUGAAGUUGCCUUCUUGGGCUUCAAAUUGUUGUUGAAACAUUCCAUUAUCUAAUCGCACUGCAAUUUUUGAAGAUGUGUACAUUGUAAAUAUUUCAAACUUUUUUUGUCUUUAGUUAGUGUGUAAAUCAGAUUCACAGCUAAUUAAAUAACAGUAAGUCCUAUGGAAGGUUAUAUAUAUAUAUAUGCUGAUAUUUUAGAUGUGGUAUUUUAUGAAUUUUUUCCUCUUUGCUAUAUCAAUUGAUUGAGAGCCACGGUUAACACAUGGGACUAUAGAAGAGUUUAGAUGGGAAGCUAUAUUUUUAUGAAAAUAGAAAUUCUUAUAUGGAUUUUUUAAAGAAUACUUUGCUUCCUUAAAAUGUAAAUUUGUCUUUUAUAACCAAGGAAACAGACUUUGGGAUGAUGAAUAUUAGAAUAUUUUCUUGUAUUUUUAUACCUAGGCACAAGGUGUCUCAUGGCUGUUGAUCAUGUAGGUAGUUAUAAAGUGGAGUUUAUAAUAUUAAGUAACCCAGUUAUCAUCCUGGAUUUAAUUGAUACUGUUGUAAAACAAAACUAGUGGAAGAAUGUGAAUGUUACUAAAUUAGGAACCUGAUGUGUUCUGUUUCUAGAACCAGCAUAUCCUUAUAUGCAAUUGAAAAUACCCAUAAAGGUUCAAAUAUUACAGCUAUUGCAUUUAUGAAACUUCUCUAAUUGUAGCUGCCUUUGAAACUGAUUAGCUUUGUUGCUUUGUGGCACCCUUAAUGUGAAUAUGAAUAGUUUUCUUUGUUCUCAAUCAUAGCUUUUAUUUUUAUAUACUGUCAUACACUGGAACUACUUCAACAUGUAGCUGAAUAUAACCUAAUAGUUAAGAAUUAGUCUUUCCAUGUUCUUUCAUAUUUUUCUCUGAAGGAUUAAACAGAAAAUCCAAGCAGGAUUGAAACUUUUUUGUGUUCAUAGUUGAACAUACAGUAUACAUUGACAUAUGGAGAAUUGGGGGGAGGGGGGUAAUACUAUUUAAGAACUGAAAUUCCUCUCUUAGUAUUAUGAUCCACUCCCCCACCAUGGGAGAAAAGAGAAAUUUGGAAUCAGCCAACAGUUCCCCUCCUCUGCAGAGUAUAUGCAUAUGAUCUUUAAGCGUCGCACAUUUAUCAAGAGAUUGUAAAAUCACUCAACACUGUGCCUCUAUCCAAUUAAGCCUUUGGGUAGGAAAUAGAAGUGAUAUGGAAUAAUCUAUGUAUCACUGUCAACCUGAAAAAUAGUGAUUUAUCUCAAAUUGUCAACUUUGCUUAGAAUACAAAGCAGAAAAAUGAA